AUGGUUGACGCACCGGCUCCAACUGGAUCGUACACCACCGUUCCCGUGUUGAGCACCAAAGAAUUGUUGGGAUACUGUGCCAGCUCCCCAAACUCUUCAGGACACUCGCUCAUCAGCGGAGCAGCUCCAAUUGCCAAAGUCACGUUCGCGGAAAAGUUCUUGACAACGCCAUUGGUGAUGUGGUGGACCAACGGUUUGACCGUGCGCACCUGGCGGAUCAAUUCCUUGACGGUGGCUUCUGGUCCAGUGGAGAGCGACUGCCAGAAGAUGGGAGUCUCGUUCCAUAGAGAAACGAGCUUUCGGGUGGCUGUAGCCGGGUCUGGCGAAGCCAUGAUGCACGACACGAUAGCCACACCGUCAAUAGCUAGUCCUGGGAUCCUGGCCUGUGCACGAACCCGCUGCACGUUCGUCUCGUUGAUUCCUCCGAUCAAACAGGUUUUCAAUGGCUUACCGGAGUCUUUGAUGAUCUGGAGCAGUUUCUGUGCGCCAAUUGGGCCCAUCGGCAACUUGGCAGUGACCUUUGUCUUAAAAUUAAUUUUAUUCCAACUCUUACAUAAUAAACCGGAUGUUAGGGUCGAUCUGGUGCGACGAGGACAGCUGGGGCUUCUGGGUGUACUUCUGGGCAAGGACGUUUCUGAUUCCUUGCAACAAAGUCAAGUAGCUCUGCACGGGCGACUGCGACAUCACCUUGAUGAAAGCGUAACUCAAAGCUCCAGUAAAGGUUCCGGCCUCGCUUGCGUCGGCAGAGGUCUGCGAGUCCUUGCAGCCAGAGAACAUGAUCACAUCUGCUGGCGACAUUUUGGCUCGUUUGAUUUCCUCGGCGCGGUUGCCCGUGGAUGCCUUGACACGCUUGAAAACACUGCUGACAGAGCUGAACAUCAUGGCUGGGUUUCUGGUCAGGUAACCGGUGACCAGGUUCAUGGCGUCACCAGAGCUCUCUUUCCAGAUAUUGUACUCCUUGAUACCUCCGUCCUGGGCUCUCGGUCUCACCAUAAUGUCGUGCAUGACGUCGUCGAUCAGAGAUCCAGACUGUUGGAAGUCCACAGGAUAGAUACAAUCGUCAAACCCAUCUUCUUCGUCUCCGUCCUGGUCCUCUUCCUGACCACCGUGUCCCGAGUAGUGGAAGAACAGGGAGUCUCCAGGCUUAGCGUCUUUCACCAGCCACUGCAUGGCACGGAUCAUGUUGGCCUUGGUUGGCACCUUGACCAACUCUCUUUGGUCGUCUGUCAACAUGACAAUGUCCUCGGCCUUGUAUCCCUGGGCCUGGGUCAAAUAGUUGUACAUGUUGUGCGCGUCGUUGAUACAGCCUCUCAAGGCGUUGUUGGUUCCAAUGUAAUUGAUACCGAUCAACAGAGCCUUCUUUGUACCAUUACACGCAGAGUUUUGAAACUGCUGCACAGGGCCCGAUCCGUUCACUUGCUGGGUUUGCAUGCUGAACGAGGGCAUUGGUGGUUCCUGGGCAGGUGCACGUCCGUACUGGGCCUGCUGUUGUGGCUGCUGUUGCUGCUGCUGGCCCCAGUUUGGAGGUGGCGCAGCAGGCCGCGAUCCGACCCCGUAACAAACUUGAUGAUGCUUCCUUGUCCAGCAGCAGAUCCGUCCACUGCGAUCGAAGCGUCCGUGUCCAGGGUCCCCAGCAGCUCGGUGACGUUCCUUGGAACGGGCUUGGUGUCAGUAACAGACGGAUCAAGAUCUCCCGUUUCUAGUGGGCGCUCUGUUGCGGGCUUUUUCGAGUCUGUGGGGAUCUCUUCCCAUUGUUUGGGGCGUCCAAACCUGGUAAAAUAUGAUAGCGUUAGCGACGGGAACGACCCCGACGAGGAGCUCGAGGAGGAACUUGAAGACGAUGGGUAUUGCCGCAUGGAAGGAACGGUCUCGACCAAAUGGUCGUCUUCCAAAGAAAAACUGUUCCGCAAAGGACUCGAAACUAAUGGUAUAUGUCCACAAACACAUAAAUUUGAAUUUAUGCUAUGA